AUGGAUUUCCAUCUGGUGCCUCGUGGGGAGGAUCGCAAUUACACAGGGUUCUUGACCAAGACCAUCGUCUAUACGGCUACCCUGAUUGUUUUCAUCGCCUCCUUCGGUCUGUCGAUCUCCUCGAUUGUCGUUCCUAAAUGGGUCAGCUAUCAUAGCGAACAUCCCUCUUUCCACUACUCCUACGGCCUCCACCGUCGCUGCUCCUCCCUCUCCGAUACCUGCGAGAGUUUCCCGCAGCGCGAAGACUGUCAUGGCGAGGACCGCUAUUUCUGUUCAAUGUGGCGCUCCGUCGGCUUCCUCAUGUCUUUUGCCAUCGUUCUUGAGGGCAUGAGUAUCGUCGCCUACGUCAUCGUGCUGGCCGGCGGGAAACGACUGCGCGAAUCGGGGUGGAAGAUUCUCAGCUUGUUGAUCGUGUUGUCGGCGGUGGUGCAGGCCGCGAGUAUGUCCAUCGUGGCAUAUCUGUUCGACAACGAGAGCCGGUUCUUCGUCGGCUGGCGACUGGAUGAAUCGUGGAUUUAUUGCACCGUCAGCUGGGUCGUCAGCCUGAUUUGUGCCGGUGCUUUGGUGAUUGCCGCGCGAGUGCUUCCGUCGGAGGGCGGAUAUGAGUUGAUCCCGGAUCACUUGUAG